GUCCCUCUUGGAGUUCGCGCAGCAGCUGACUGCGUUGUUCGAGCUGGCUCAGACCAUGGUCGGCGGGCCGCUGAUCAUUCGCUGGCUGUAAGGACCAGCUUUGGCUAGCGAAUGAUCAGCGGCCCGCCGACCAUGGUCUGAGCCAGCUCUCUAGCAACGCAGUCAGCUGCUGCUCAAACAUGGACAGCAUUGCGGGAUAGCUAGGUUCCUGCAGCAUAAGGGCUGCCGCCAUGGUGAUAAGCAGCCACAACGCCGCCAGUUCCAUGCGCCGCUUCAUCUGCAAGCGGGAGUCGGCGUGGGGCAGAGUCAGCGGUGGCGGAUCCAACAGCGACCUCAAUCUGAGGAAACACCAAGCGCGGUCAGCAACCUUCUUCGGGCAAGCGAGUGUUGUGCGCUAUCCUUACAGUGACACGACUAGCUAGUUGGCUGCAGAAUCCAUUACGCAUCCAAGCACUACAGCGAGCUCGCAGGCGUGGACGCCCCGACCCCCCAGACCAAAACGAGGCGACCUUUGCCAUAUCCAUCGCAGCUCGCGUGCAGACAUGGCAGAUGCGCCGCUUGGAUCGCUGGACCACUUGAAGGAGCUGCAUGAGCGUCGUCGUCUUGUGCAGGAAAGGGCUAAAGCGCAGCAGGCAGCGAUCCCCUGAAGGUA